AUGAACUUCACCUUGUUCUCGGGUGUUUCUGAGCAGCCUCGUUUACCACAUGACCCGUCAACUGAGUCUUUUGAACUCAGGGCCGUCGCGGGACCCGAUAUCUGGCGGACCCCUUCUUGUGCUGGAGGGCGAGACGAUUUCAACGGUCCAAUCUAUGCAACUCCUCUUGCACUAAAUUCGUUCAAAAAGGCCAAGGUCACGGUAUCAGCCAAUUUUCACGCCCCAUACUCCCAGGGCGGUCUUAUUCUGUUUAUGCCCGAGUCUGAUCCGACUGUCGAUACCGAUGGGCAGUCGUCGCGCCUUCACGUAUCGCCAAGUACAUGGAUCAAAGCUGGAAUUGAACUCGUCGAUGAUCAGCAUUUCGCCUCUGUAGCGGCAGGCAAACCAUACUCCGACUGGAGUUUGACGAGAUUAGGCGAAAGCACCGCCACGUUUGAGUUGAAAAAGACAAAUGGAUCUCUUUGGGUUUACGUUACUGGGUCUGACGGACAGAGGACACCGUUGAGGAAGUUGACAUGGGUUUUUGAUAUGAAGCCUCAGCGGGAUAUUUGGGUUGGUGUGGCUGCCUGCAUGCCCAAGGGAGAUGGGACACCGAACGGCGGAUCGUUGGCGGUCCAGUUCAAGGACUUUAGUAUUACAACAGAGUGA